CAAAUGUACGAGUAUUGUAAAUAAAUAUCUGCAAUAUGAAAAUCCCGGAAUUAAUAAAUCCCACAGUAUGAACGUGAUGGAAAUCAAAAGUCUCAUUCAGUCAGUUUUUAAAUUUUACUGCGACAACAAGGCUUCAAAAUGAACCAUAUAAAAUUUAUCCUAAUAUCAGUUGUUUGGCUAAAUAUUUUACCCUCUUUCUCCAGUGCCAAUUGGUGUAUUCAAGAGACUACCUCAAACAUGAGAGUUACAAAAGCCAAGACAAAAAUUAUAACCUCCCGUAAAUGGUUUGGCGGAAUUAAGAGGAAAACUGUUUCGUAUACUGUGACGGAACUAGUUCCAAGGAUAAGGCAAAGACGAGUCUGCUGUGAGGGAUAUACUUUGGACAGGCUUCAAAAUAUUUGUGAACCAAACUGUCCGAAUGGAUGCCCCCGGUUAUCGGAAUGUGUCAGGCCAAACUAUUGUGAAUGCCAAAAAGGAUAUCAAAUGAAAGGAUAUCGCUGUGAGCCAAUAUGUGAACCAAACUGUGACUUCUGCAUAAGUCCAAACACUUGCUUAUAUGAGCCAACGAAAUCGUUUGAUCAAACGGUAACUGAAGACAUCACAACUCAAGAUGACAUUGAACACUUGGUCCAGACCGCCAAUCCAACAACAUUUGGAAUAGUUGAAAUGCAGUCAACUACACCAUCUGAACCAGAAACGCUUGGGACAACCCCAGAGCCACUUUCCACAGAAAUUACUGAUCUGACAACUUCUACGUCUUGUCCAUUCCCAACAGAACGAACAUGGACGGAUAAGAUGAGACGCACUACUUUACAUUAUCGAGAAAGGAACGCAUUUUGCUUCUACGAGUACCAAUGUUUGACUGGCCUUGGUAAACUUCUACUUGUUAUCAAAAAUUGUCAAUGCAAUGAUGGCUACGUACAUGCGUGGUCAGACUGUCAUCGUGACUUAGGUUUUGAGGCUAGCGAAUGCGUUAAGGAGAGCCUUUGCACAUCAGCAACAACAGAACAAUAUCAAAUAAGUACAGAUCAAGAGCGAAUUGCAAGUGAAGCUCCUGAAACCACAAUCUUUACUUCGACAGAUAUUUUUUCAAACUCCUGUGAAGAGGAAUGCCUGAACGGCCUUUGUGUAAAUGGACUAUGUCAAUGUCCCAAAGGAUCAGUCUAUAGCGUAGGGUUAAAAAGUUGUAUUGACAGUUCAUCUUGUGAUACCAUAUGUCACAAUGGAACUUGCCAAGAAGAUGGUUUUUGUGAAUGUCAAAAAGGGUUCAUUUAUCAAUAUUCUCAAGGUUGUGUUCCUGACGAUGAUGAUGAUGAUAACUGUGAUAAGAAGUGCAUCAAUGGCUUUUGUGAAUCUUCAUCAGGCAAGUGUAAAUGUCGUGAUGGUUUUAGUCAUAGUCCUGAAAAUGUAUAUGAGUGUGUUGCAAGUGUUGGAACCGGAACUGGAAAACUUGAAAGACAUAACCACUCCGAAGAAGGUUUCCCAUGGAUUUGGGUUGUUUCGACAAUUUUCAUCAUAGCUAUUCUUGGAUUUUUUGUAAUUAAAAGAGCACGAAAACAUAAUUAUAAUGUGGAUAAAGUUGAAAAAAAUCGACAUAUAGUUCAUUUUGAUUCUAGAGAUGUGUGAAGUUUUGUAUGAGGAAGAUGCACGGAUCAGUCCUAAAAGAAAAAAAAUGAAAAAUUUAGUAUAAGUCAUAGUUAAGCAUUCUUGUGAUAAAAAAUUAUAUAUUUUUAAUAAAAACAAAAAUUUGGAAAAGUAUGAAAAUAUUGUUCGUGGUUUAAGUUGAAAAUAAUUAAGUUCGUGAUAUAUGUUCAUUAAAAUUGGGGUUUUGAUCUUUUAAGCUGACAGACAAAACCACAUAAAAUUUUA